CUUCGGCUCACCGUUGGGUGGUGACGAAAAAUCCGAAACAAGCCGCAAGGAAUCUGCACGACGUGGUUAAUCAGCUGCAGUUUGCUCAGAUGAUACAACCGCAACCGAUUCACGAGGACAUGGUGAUGAUGCCCCAAGCACCACCAGCCACUAUCGAUGAGCUUGUGAUGGCAAGGGCCCGCAACCGAGACCACACCCACCAUGAUCGCCCCGAUAGUCUCACGGUGGACAGCGAUUUAGCGGGUGCGGACAGUCUUCGCUCGAGCCACACUCCGUUGCAGCACCAACAGCAACACCAAGCACCGCUGAGUGUCGGUCCCAGCGCACCGUUCCUCAGUUUGUGCGAUCAGCUACGAUCGGCGGGUGGAUCGAUCGGAGGAAAACAGGGCCAACUGUCACCGCAUACCGGUUUUCAGCAUGGUGGACCGGGUUUUCCGAUAACGGGAGAAGCGACCAAGGCCACUUCGCAGAUUAUAGUGAAUUCGGGCUUUGGUGCACCGGGUUACAUCCCUAAUACGGUUUGUUUCUAUCAGAACGGUCCACCGCCGGCCACUGUACCGUAUCCGUUCCAGAGGCCAGCAACAGGAGGCACGAGUUAUGCUCCGUCUUACAGUGCUGGCUAUCCGCCACAGGUUUAUCAUCAGCCACAGCAUCAUCAGCAUCCGCAGCACGGUCAUCAUGGAGGUGCCGGAGGUAAGGUUCCGCUGAAUGAUCCCACGAUCGAGGCAUUCAUCCAGCCUCGCCUUUCCGAAGCAACGAUCCAUUUGCCUGUGAACAUCCACAACCUCCAGCAUGCCAGCAAUGGCCGCACACCGGACGGUGCCACAAAUAAUGUUCUCGUCUGCUCGAUGGUACAACAGCACCAGCUACAGCACGAAGCAGCAGCAGCGGAACGGCACCAUCAUCCCGAUCACCACGACAAUGCCACCGCCGCUGACGCUGAUCCAACGCACUCCAACGAAAGUGCUGAGCUGGCGCACAUGUUUGCGACCGGUCACUCAUCGGCAGCACGUGCCAAGGGCCGCCAGCACUGUCGCCGUGGUUGGGUACCGUGUUUUAGCUCGCACCAGUGCGUCAAACGGUCCGCUUGGUGUAACUCCCGGACGGACUGUCUCGAUGGAAGUGACGAAAGUUCGUGCUCUUGUGUUUCGCGACUCCCCCGGCACAAACUGUGCGAUGGUUAUGCUGACUGUCCGCUCGGGAUGGACGAGAUGGGUUGCUUCGGGUGUGCCAAGUUCGCUUUCUCUUGCCAUCACACGGCGGACGAGUUCCGGACGCACCGUUCCGGUGACUCACCGGGGUGCUACUCGGUCGCAGAACGUUGCGAUGGUUUCGAUCAUUGUCUCAACCGGAAGGAUGAACAGGAUUGUUCAAUGUUGGUGCAGGGCCUGGGGCAUUAUCUGGCCUACGCAGUUCCGCACACUUCCGGUGUCCUGCAUCGGAAUUACAAAGGAAAAUGGUACCCGGUGUGUAGUAAUGCUCGUCCGUGGGCACGUGAAGCUUGCGAAGCGGAACUUGGUCCACUGGAUCAGGAGCCGUUGUUGAGCCACGGCCAUGGCAGUCUACCAGGGCCCUACAUUAGCCAGCGGACGGCAACAACAGAACCAGACUUUACCGAAUCGUGCAACGGGGUGUACGUGAAGGUCAAGUGUCCACCGGUACGUUGCGGUACGAGUAAGCUGCAGGAACAGCACGCGGCAAGGAUCAGCGUACGAGCGAGACGUAAUGUGACGUUGGAAGCAACGACGACGGCGUCCAGCGGUGCCGAUGAGCUGGUCGAGAGUGUCCGGAUCGUGGGUGGUGGUGAUGCGGAACCGGGUGCUUAUCCUUUCAUUGUGGGAAUUUUCCGUGAUGGCAAGUACCAUUGUGGGGCCUCGAUCUACAACGAGCACUGGAUCAUUUCUGCUGCUCAUUGUUGUGACAAUUUCCAACACCACUACUACGAGGUACGCUCCGGGAUGCUCCGGAAGCGCAGUUACUCUCCGCAGGUGCAAGUCACGCACGUGACGCACAUGAUCGUACACCACGCUUACAGCUCGAAGCUGAUGGCGAACGAUAUCGCGCUGUUGCGUGUGGAGCAUCCGUUCCGAUACAACCGGUGGGUCCGGCCAAUCUGUCUCCCGGCCAAACAUCGGACAACCGGCGAUCGCGAUUGGCUCUGGGGUCCAAAACCGGGCACCGUAUGUACGGCGAUCGGUUGGGGUGCCCUGCGAGAGGGUGGUGGUGCACCGGAUCAUCUGAAGCACGUUUCGGUGCCGGUGUUGCCGGUCUGUAAGCAUCGUGCCGAUCGAGAUAGUUUGCAGAUUUGUGCAGCCGAAGAGCACGGUGGACAGGAUGCAUGCCAGGGUGAUUCCGGUGGUCCGUUCGUGUGCCAGAGUCGAUCGAAUUCGUUCGAAUGGUACCUGGCCGGUGUCGUGAGCCAUGGGGAAGGUUGUGCCCGGGCAAACGAGCCCGGUGUUUAUACGCGCGUCGCGCUGUUUAUCGAAUGGAUCGAGCAAAAGGUUAAUGGACCGUUACCAUUGCGGCAGACGUUACUGGAUUGUCCUGGAUCGCGGUGUAUCUGGGGUGGUGGUGUGUGCCUUCCAGCGGGCAAGAAGUGUAACGGAUUCGUCAACUGUCUCGGUGGUGAGGAUGAAUCGGAGUGUGGAAUGGAUCGGUUGCUACGUUCGAUGACGAGAAAAGAUAACGAAGAGGAGGAGGAAGAGGAGCAAGAGGAGCAAGAGAAUGAUAACACGACAACCGACGGCACUGAGCAGGAGCAGCUGGAGAUAACCAGCGAGAGUCGUCCACUGAGCGUUACCACUUCCCCGGAGCAGCAGCAGGAGCCACAAGUAACAACGGAAGAGGCCCAUGGUGAGGGACAGGAGAGUAUGCUUGUAACACAGACCGUACAGAUGGAUGCUACGGAGUCUCCUACCGGAAUCACGAUACUAGAAAGCACUACAAGCACCACCACCGACGGAACUACUCUCGGUGAAACGAGCGAAUCAAUCCAAUCGACUUCCGAAGGAGUUUCCAGUUCCACCACCACCACUGCGGCUGAGUCCACAACGCCAGCGACCACCUUUACCACGGUUGCAUUCGAAAUUCUGGCCCCCACAGGACCAACAACAACGGAAGUCCUUUGGAAAGCAGUCGAAAAGACGAUCAAGGAAGUGCAGGGAUUGGCAAGGGCACGUGGCAAUGAGUCACAGAUCGCCACCGUCGAACCCGAACCCGAUCAUCCAUUUUUCGAGGAGCUCGAAGUGAUGGAACAGGAAAAACAUAAACGGUUGGCCCAAUUCCGGUUGACUGUGCACAAUGUACACACCAAAACAGCUGUAACAUCGACCGUGUCCCCGCUCCUUUCCAAUGACACCGCCCAAACGCAGCGGCAAUAUCGGCAGUUCUCGUGUACCAAUAUCACGCAACGGAUCAACAUUGCGCAUCGGUGUGACCGGAUCGUCGAUUGUGAGGAUGGUAGCGAUGAGCUGAACUGUACCUGUCGGGAUUAUCUGAAGGAUAAGUUUGAUUUUCUGAUCUGUGACGGCAAGACGGACUGUUUGGAUCAUACGGAUGAGCGGAAUUGCCUGAAGUGCCAGGCGAAUGAAUACGCAUGCCGGAUGAGCCAGCAGUGCAUUCCGAAGGUGCACCAGUGCAAUGGUAUCGCUGAUUGUCCUCUGCACGAAGAUGAACUGGAUUGCUUGGCCCUAACCGAUGGUCAGCGUGUGUACUUCGAUGCCAACAAUCUAACGCUCUUCCGCAACACGGGACUCGUGACGAAGAACACCAACGGCACCUGGGAGAUACUGUGCGGUACGAAGCUCACCGAUAAGACGCAGCACGCGGUCGAAAAGAUCUGUGCUUUUCUCGGUUUCGCCGGAUACCGUAACUACUCGGUGGUGACGCUUAGCGGAACCACGAGUUUGGACGAACUGCUCACGAUCGAUAGUGAUACAACGCACUAUCUGAACCUAACGCUCGUCGAGGGUUGCGAAGCGCUGCGCGUUACCUGUGCCCAGCACAUCAACGCCAGCGAGCACGAGAUCGCACACUUUGAGCAUCAGCACAGUGAGGAACCGGUGCAGGUGAACAUCCGGCCACUGAAUCCGAUCCACAAACCGCACCACAUGCCCCAGAUCGUGUUCCAGGAGAAUGCGCACGUUGAGUUGAUCGAAAGCUUUGGGGAUGAUUACGAUUGGCCGUGGAAUGUGGACAUCUAUCUCGAUGGGGUGCUGAUCUGCAGUGGAUUGAUUAUCGAUGCGAGCUGGAUCGUGGUGGCCAGCAGCUGUACGCGGCUCGUCAAUAUGCGCCAUCAGUAUGUGGCGGUGGUGGCUGGAGGUGCCAAGUCGUACCUUCACAUUGCCGGUCCGUAUGAGCAGGUGGUGCGGGUGGAUUGCUAUCACUUCAUACCGGAAGCGGAAACGGUGAUGUUGCAUCUGUCGCAGAAGUUUAACUUUAGCCGGCACGUGUUACCGACCUUCAUACCGGACCGUGACAACCUGACGGACAGUGAGUGUCUUGCGGUAGGUAAGGACAAGUAUGGCAGGACGAAGACACUGCGAGUGCAUCUUAACGAGACGAAUUGUACUGGCGAACGGAUCCGGUGUUACAAUAAGGAUCUAAAGCAGCCCUACUUCCAUCAUGAGUAUUGUUAUACUCAAGAGGCAACACGCUCUGGGGUUAUCGUCUGCAAAACGAAGCGCUCCGGUUGGUAUCCGGUCGGGUUCUACCAGAACAAGCGUGGUCUCUGUGGCUUCAACGAGGUAGUGCGGGUGACCAGCCUAGUGGAAUCGUACCACCGCAUACAGCACGUGAUACAGAACGAAAAGUGCAUCGGAGAGCUGUACUAUGGGGAACCACGCUGCGAUGGGAUGCGCUGCCGGUAUGGCAAGUGUAUCGGUGAGACGGUGAUCUGCGAUCGUAAGCUGGACUGUAGUGAAGGUUCGGACGAGAAGCUGGAGCUGUGUGCAUCGAGGAAUUCAACAGGACGCUGUCUACCGCAUGAAUUACGCUGCACGAAUGGAAAGUGCGUCGAUAAGAGCAAGUUCUGUGAUCGCCACAAUGAUUGCGGUGAUGCGACGGAUGAACCACACGAUUGUUCGUGCUAUACGUAUCUGAAAAUAACGGAUCCAGCAAGGAUCUGUGACGGUGUCCGGAACUGUUGGGAUAAAUCGGACGAAAAUCCACGGGUAUGCCGGUGCCACGCUUCGAACUUCCGGUGCGGCGAAUCGGACAUCUGUGUGCCGUAUGAUUUCGUGUGCGACAAGGAACGGGACUGUCCGGAUGGUGAGGAUGAACAGUAUUGCUACGCCCUGCAGCAGAACUCGUAUGAAGCUGGCUACGGUGAGCUGAUGGAGCAAAGCUACGGUAUCUGGCACUCCAAGUGUUUCCCCAAGACGGCCCAAUUCGGGGACGAGUAUAUGCGCGACAUUUGCGAACAGCUCGGUUACUCGCAGGUGCGCAAGAUUUAUGGCCGUGCGAUCGUCGAGGGUGCACGGUUGCGGACGGCCAACGACACGGAAAGUCCGGUGGAUAAGUUGCGCCGAACGGCCACCAAGACGGUCGUGCACAACAAGUUCUCCAAGGUGGUGAUUAACGAUCAGCACACGUUCUACAUGAAACCGAGCCGACCGAUGUUCCGGGUGAUCAAUUGGAACUACCACGACGAGCAGAACUGUCACCGGUUGGAGUUGCUGUGUGCUGCGUAACCGGCUUAUCGCACGAUAGUGUGGCGUCUAACGCCAAAGUACAAUAAAAACCCUUAAGUUACA